AUGUACCAGAUGUUAUCCUGGUCAAAAACACUAACAAGCCGCCACUCGGCUGUAUAUUUCAAAAUACUGAUCUCUUUUAAAAGAAAGAUUACGAACAAUCCCUGUGUGGUGUAUAUAGGCCAGAUGCGUGAGCACUAUGAAGCUUUAUCACAGUUUGACCAGUUUCUUUCUUCGAUAAUGUCGGAUCCCUUGAAUGCUAAUCCCACCAUCAUCGACGUUUCAGAUUUACCUACACGUCUCUCAGGUGCAAAAACCAAAGACCCCAAGGAUGAAUUAUUAAACUUGGUGUCGACCCUUUCCCUUCGACCCAAAGCGACGAAACAUGAAUUGGGCAUCAGUGUCCCUGACCUUGUAUCCGAUGCUGAAUCUGAAGCUACCCAAGACGAGCUCGAGGAAGAGGAUGAAAAUGAAGAAGAAGAUGUUAUUGAUGCCCAAGAAAUCUUCGACCUCAUUUCUACAAUUUCGGAUCCUGAGCACCCUUUGACAUUAGCUCAGCUCGCAGUUGUUAACCUACCUGAUAUAGAAGUGACUCAUGGUCCAAACAAAGAGAAAGAUAUAUCCGAAGUUCUAAUCAAGAUUACUCCUACAAUCACCCACUGCUCUUUAGCAACUUUAAUCGGGCUCGGUAUUAGAGUACGUUUGGAAAGAUCAUUGCCACCGCGGUUUCGUAUCCGCAUUUUGAUCAAAGAGGGCACUCACCAGUCGGAGAACCAAGUUAACAAGCAACUUAAUGAUAAGGAGAGAGUUGCUGCAGCUUGUGAAAAUGACCAGCUUCUUAAUGUCAUCCUGCAAAUGUUGAGCACUUGCAAGUAG